AUGGUAUUUGACUCUACUCUCAACGGUAACACUUCGCGCCGGCUGUUACUCAAAGGCGGCACUGUCCUUAUCCACGACGCCAAUGACAACGUCCAAGCACUGGGAAGGGACAUCCUCAUUGAGAAAAACCGGAUCUCCAAGAUAGCCGAGAAUAUUAGCGAAGUCACUGGCGCCGAGGUUAUCGAUUGCGCCGACAAGAUCAUCUCACCUGGCUUCAUUGACACGCAUCAUCAUCUUUGGCAGACCCAGCUCAAGGGACGACAUGCUAACGAAUUACUCCUCGAUUACAUGGCGUCUGGCAAUCUUCAGUCGUCCAACUAUACCGAGGAGGACAUCUACUGGGGACAGCUUGGAGGUUCUCUCGAAGCAAUCAAUGCAGGCACCACCACUGUCGUGGACCAUUCUCAUGUUAAUGUUUUUCCUGGCGCUGCUACAACUGCUAUCUCAGCGACCGUUACUUCGGGCCUGAGAUGCGUCUAUGGCUACUGCCCAACGGCUCGCGUCGCAUCGUGGUCACCUUUCGCGAUGAAUCCGGAUAUGCUUGCACCAUGGGUCAUGGAUGAGCUUCAAGAGCUAGGCAACAAGGCUCCUUUUGGUGACGAGAGGGUCACGAUGGGUCUAGCCUUUGAUCUCUGGUUUUUAACGGAGCAGGUCAUUCAGGACUUGUUCAAGCGUGCCCGCGGAGCCGGUGUCGAGUUGGCAACAACUCAUGCUGUUAGCAACCCACAGAUGGGAUCUUAUGAUCUCGUUCAGCAGAUCAAAGGUCUCGGCUUGUUGGACAAUCGCAUGCUUUUCAGUCAUCUCAACGGAUACGCUGCUGAAAGCGUCAAGGACCUCGCUGAUGCAGGAGCGCAUAUCAGCAGCACUCCCUCCACAGAGAUGCAGAUGGCUCUGGGAGAUCCCGUGUGCUUGAACGAUGAUCUUCCCCGGGCUCAAGCUCAGUCUAGUUUGGGCAUCGACUGUCACAGUAAUCAGGCAUCUAGCAUCGUUUACGAGAUGAGACUUGGUUUACAGGGCUCAAGAGCCAAGCAUAACCAGAAAUUGAUCGACCAAGACCUGGCCCCUCGAAAGAUCUCCAAAACUGUGCAGGAUGUAUUCAAUCUGGGGACAAUUCAGGGUGCUAGGGCGAUUGGGAGGGAGAGUCAGCUUGGUAGCAUUGCUGAAGGCAAACUGGCUGAUUUGGUGAUUUUUGACGCCAACACCCCCGAACUAGUCUGCGCUGCUGAGCAAGACCCUAUCGCAGCCGUUGUUUUGCACAGCAGUAUCGGAAACAUUGACACAGUCAUAGUAGAUGGAAUUGUUCGAAAGCGUCAAGGCAAGCUAGUUGGUGUAACAGUGGAGGAAAGCAUGGUGGACGUUACCAAUAAGCGGUCUCUGGAGUGGGCCGAUGUUGCCAAAGCGAUGAGAAAGUCUCGCGCCGAGAUUCUCCAGCGUGAAGCAGAGAAGCAGAACUUGGAUGACAUCAAGAAGGGAGUGAUCAGCAGCUUCAACAUUGACUUGUCAAAGCUGAGUGGUUGA